GACGUCUCUUAACUAAUAAACAUCAAAUUUUUCUCUCUGUUGUGACUGUACAAUAAAAAAUAUUAAAAAUGAAAGUUAUCUGUUUCUUAGCAUUCGCUGUUCUCAUCGCCUCAGUUUACGCUGAAACACCAAUUGAAGACAUUGAGGCUCAUGUAGAAGAAAAUGAAUACAAAGCAAAUGAUGAUGCUGGAUAUAAAUAUAACUACAGAACAUCAAACAAGAUCCAAGCUACUGAAGAAGGUGAUGGAACCAACAUUGUUGAAGGAUCAUACUCAUAUGUCGACCCAGAGGGCAAAACACACACAGUCACAUACAUUGCUGGUGCCGGAAUCGGAUUCAAGCCAUUAGGUGAUGAUAUCCAUCCAGAUGUUUCUGCUGCCAUCGAUCUUAACCUCAAGAACCCACCACAAGAAGAAAAGAAAGAGUAAAGAAAUGAUUUAUGAAGACUGUUGACUGCACUUUAUGUGCAAUAUACAAAUUAAUGUGAAAUUAUUAAAAUUUAAAAAAUACUCCAAAAAUUAAGCGUCGUGUUAUGCAUUAAUUAGUGAAAAAAUAAUAAAUUUUGUUUACGAAACCGAAUUCCAAAAGUAAUUAACUUAUUUAUCGAC